AUGAUUGCAGCAUUUCUUAAUCGUUUUCGUUUUUCAAAUUUAAUUAGAAAUCAAACUACUCUCAAUCUAUUUCGAUAUAGUAAUAUUAAUGCAUCAUCAUCAUCAUCAAAGACAGAGGAUGAAAUGAAAUUAAAUGAUAUUUUAAAAAAACGUUUUCCUAAUGCUCGUCUUAUUGAUGUUAAAGAUACUUCAGCUGGUUGUGGUGCAAGUUUUGAAGUAAUUGUCGUAAGUGAUGAAUUUGCCAAUAUGCGUAUGGUUAAUCAACAUCGUUUAGUAUCUGAAGCACUUAAUAAACAAUUACGAAAUAUUCAUGCAAUUCGAAUAUUUACUGGAACAAAUGAAAAAGAAUUCGUGGAUUCCUGA